AUGAUGUCCAACGUGGUGAACAAAAUAAAUUCGAGCUCGGAUCAGACAAAAAAUCUACUGAAUCAACUAAAGAAAGCAAAAAGAAAGCCUCCAAAGAUACUAAAAUUAGCAAGAAAAUAUUAAAAGAAUAUUUACAUGCUAUUAGAAAAUAUCCACAAUGA